GCCCAGAGAGUGGCUGGGGAUCCCGGGAGCUCCUGUGAUUUGCGGCAGGUUUUUCAGGUCCCCGCCUGUCACACACACACGCAGAUACUUAAGCAGUCACCCAAGGACCUGCGGGGUUCUUGUUUUACACACUUCUGGUCCCUGCCAGCUCCAGCGCCUGGCUCCAUAGCCCUUCCCCAGGAGAAGAUGGCCACGGAGAAACCAGUGACUCCCACUGAGGAGCAGCUGGAGAUCCUGGAGUACAACUUCUGCAAGGUGAACAAGCAUCCUGAUCCCACAACGCUGUGCCUCAUUGCGGCCGAGACCGGGCUCUCCGAGGAGCAGACCCUGAAAUGGUUCAAGCAGCGCCUGGCAGAGUGGAGGAAGUCAGAAGGGCUGCCCUCAGAAAGCGGGUCUGUCAGGGACUAGAGGAUGCUGCUCCAAUCCCCAUACCUGGCUGUAAAUGAUAGUGAAGCUCUUCAGAGUGGGUUUCCUUGGGGUUCUUCUGCUGCAAUAGGUUUUGAGAUACAAAGUAAUACCCUGCUAUUUAACAUGUCUUAUUUAAAGUGUACAUAACCAGGAAAAGCAUAUUUUAUGUGUGUGUAUAUAUAUGUCUAUACAGCUUCUGAUGGCUGCGUAACCUGUCUAGUGACUCCCAUCCAUUAACAGCAGCUGCACAGGGCAAGGCAAUCUCAUGCCCUUGUCCCAGGCUUGCAGAAAAGCUGCCAUGAAAGGUUCAAACAUAGA